ACAUGUUUAUACUUAGUUAAAUUGUGUUUCCCCCUUGUCCUUUAUUACUCAAUUUCCCGUAGAAUCCAAUUUUUCUAAUUUAUUUUGUUAUUCUUCCAAUUUUUCUAAUAUUUUCCAGUUUAUUUUGUUAAUUUGUUAAUUAUUUGUUAAUUGAUUUGUUGUUUGUUUGUAAUUUAUUCAUAUGUAACGAGGGGAUUUGAUUUAUUUGUUAUAUUCUGCGAAUGUUUUGUCGGCGCCUUCAAGAAUUAAUACCAUGACUACAAUCCAGGGCAAAUGGGAAUGGAAAUUACUCUAAAAUGAAACACGGAGGUUUGAAAAAGAACCUGAACCACCACAACGACACAAAUCACACCCUCAACCACUCACUCAAUCACUUACACAAUUUUGACAUAGUCGAUUACCCGGGUACAGAUUGUAAAUAUGAGGGACCAGAUUGUGAAGGAGAGAAUUGUAAAUAUGAGGGAGAGUCCAAAUCGGGUAUAAAAGAUGGAUUGAAACAGCGUACAAAUCUGGAUAAACGGGAUAAACUGAGUGGGAUUGAGGCCGAACUGACUUUAAAUAAUUGCCUAAAAGGCAACGAUUCAUUUGAAAACGCAUGUAAUUCACCGACUCGUGAUACUGCACAGGAUACCCUCCCACCAGAAACCCAGAAAACCUUUUUAAACAGCUUUGAACACACCUUAAAAAACCUAAACAUAGCCACAAUCCCACAUUGCCAACUUACUACUGUGGAUAGUGCAAAUAGUGUAAAUAAUGAAGAUACUACUGUGGAUAGUGUAAAUAAUGAAGAUACUACUGUGGAUAGUGUAAAUAAUGAAGAUACUACUGUGGAUAGUGUAAAUAAUGAAGAUAAAGUAGACGGGGAGAAACCGCGUAAAAGAGGGCGAAAGCCGAAGAAGAGGAACUGGUUCUCACAUAAACCAAAACCCAAGGACGAACCUAAACCCUAUGACAAACCCAAUGAUGAACCUUUGGGAUCAACUGACAAACCCAAGGAAGAAACUGAAUCAACUGGCAAACCCAAUGAUAUAACUGAAUCAAUUGACAAACCCUAUGACAAACCUUUAGGAUCAACUGACAAACCCAGGGAUGAACCUGAAUCAAUUGGCAAUGUGUUAGAUGUUGGGGAUAUGUCAAACACCCGUGACACUGGUUAUAAAGAGGAUAAACAGUUGGCAGAUGUGAUUAAGAAGAAGAGUUAUAAGAGAAAGUCGAGGCCUUUGGAGCAGCUUAACUUGUUUAACAAGGUGACGCGUAGGUCUGAGAGUAUUUACGAGAUGCAACUUCGCAUGGCAAUUGAGAUGUCAAUGAAGGAUUGUAAAUCCUUCCAAAUUAAGGAAAACGAAGAUUACACGCCGGUGGAGCUGGAUAAACUCGAGGACACCGAGGGAAAUGAUGAUAAAGACAGCGAAUACGAAGAGUCAAAAUCAACCAAAAAGAAGAAAACCACUAAAAAAACCAAAAACACGACAAUCGCAAAGAAAUCACACAAAAAUACAAAGAAACCAGACAGCGUAAAGAGGUCAGACAACUCAAAAAGGUCAGACACCGUAAAGAGGUCUGACAGUGUAAAGAGGUCUGACAGUGUAAAGAGGUCUGACAGUGUAAAAAGAUCCGAAAAUAUAAAGAAAUUAGACAGUGUGAAGAAAUGGGAAGUGUCAACGCCGAGAUCAGUUGAGAGUACAUUGACAAGUGGUUCCACGUCGAUAGAAUAUUUAAAUGGCGAUUCUGUGGAUUCCAGGUUUGAGCACUGUGACUUGAGUGUUUUCCCCGACUCGCAGGACGAGUCGUUUGACAAAUCUGUUCCCGCCGAAUGCUCCCACUUGGCAGACGAAAGCGUAACUCAGGCGAAGAUGACAGCGUUUGAAGAGUAUCUCUCAAUGUGUGAACGCUUCUACUGCGGUAAGUCAUUAGAUGAAAAUAUCUCACAAGUUGGUUUACAAGUUGGUUUACAAGUUGAUUCACACGCUAAAAAUCACACCAAACCAGAACUCAAACGAUCCUCAAGCUCACAAUCACACAAAAACAAACACAACCCACACAACUCACACAACUCACACAGUUUACACAGUUCUCACAGUUUACACAAUUCACAUGGGUUAAAUAAUUCCCAGGGAUUACACAAUUCCCAGGGAUUAAACAAUUUGCAAGGGUUAAAUAAUACGCAAGGAUUACACAAUUCCCAGGGAUUACACAAUUCCCAGGGAUUAAACAAUUUGCAAGGGUUAAAUAAUACGCAAGGAUUACACAAUUCCCAGGGAUUACACAAUUCCCAGGGAUUAAACAAUUUGCAAGGGUUAAAUAAUACGCAAGGAUUACACAAUUCCCAAGGGGAUAGAGAGGAGGAUGAAAGGAUUUUGAGGUUUAAUUGUUCGAGGUUGGAUCUUAUGUAUAGAGUGUCGUUUAACAUAUUGAAGAGUGCGUUGAGGCAGCCGGAGGUGAUUGACCUCUGGGGACCUAAGGAGGUUGUCCUGUUCGAGCUCGGGCUCUUCAAGUACGGCAAAGAGUUCCAUGAAAUACAAAAAUACAUACCCGGCAAGUCCGUUAAGGAAAUUGUCGACAUGUACUACCUCUGGAAAAAGUCAAACCGAUACAAACUCUGGAAAGCCAAUCGAUACUACUAA